AAAGCGCUAUAUAAAUCCAAUCCAUUAUUAUUAAAAGAAUCUUGUUUUAUAAGCAGAUGAAUAACUGCUUUUCAGUGCGUUUCACCUGUUGUUGUAAUAAACUCAUCAGAUUCAAUUCUAAUCCAAACUGACACAACGGGGGAAAAUUACGCCUAAUAAUAAGGUUGUAUACAAGAACAGAUGUCCAUAUGUCUGUGCUGUUUUGACUUGGAUUUUUAUAGAAGGUGAAAGGCAUUACGGGAGUAUAGAAAUACACUCAGCAGAGUCAGCCAAGUGCUAAUACCUUAACAGUGCACACGCACACAUAUCCACAAGCGGUGAGUGGAAGAGAGAACAGCUUUAGUGAGGAUUUGCUCUGUAUUAACCCUGACAGGGAACACAGAGUCAGCUGGAGCACAAGGAAGCCAGAGUAGAUAGACCUGUAGGAAAAUAGAGGGAAAAAAGCAACAGUGCAGGGAGGUAUGAAAUACACUGUCGUCAAAAGGAUGUGUAAGUUGAAAUAGGGGGUCCUCCAAGCAGCAGCUAAUGACUCGAAAAUACGGCACUAAAAGAAAAAAGACGACAGCUUUUAAAAAGUGCUGUGCGUUUUGAAACAUGUCGAUCUAAGAUAGGUACGACUGGUCCAGAGACGGCAGCACGGAGCACAAUGGGGCACCCCAAUGUGCCCCUCUCACACAAACACAUGCAUUCCCAGAGGGACAAAAACAGAUCCAGUCGACUGCAACCUUACACACCAAAUGACAACUUAAACAAUGCCUUAGGCGCUAUCAGAGUCCUCGGUGUGGAGCUCAUUGAAGAUGAGCUUAAACCCCAUUUGAACACAGUGAUGGCCAGCAUGAAGGAGAAGAAGAAAGGUGCUGCUGAGCAGGUGGUGAUCAGUGGGAUCUUGCCAAUCCUUGCUCUGAGCCUGAGAAGCAGAGGGCCUCUGAGUGUGCUGACUGCAAAACUAGUGGCUGAACUUGCCAGGGAAUCUGUGAUUCGUAAAGGUUUUGGUGACACGGGCUUGGUUGCGGCUUUGUUGUCGGUCCUGACCAGUUCAGACCAAGAGUUGCUUUUCCACGCAGCGAGGGCCGUCUCACGCAUGUCUUAUGAUAGCGCUAAGCUGCAGCAACUAUUACUACGCCAAGGUGCGGUGCCUCGUCUUGUUGCCAUCCUGCUCCAGUUUCCUGAUAAGGAGGCCCUGGGGGAUGUGUGCCUUCAGGCCCUCUGUAACAUCAGUGGAAUGGGAUUAGCAGAGGAGGCCGGAAGGGUGUGGGAGAGAGGAGCAUCUGUGAGGCCGGGGGAGUCUGUGUUUCACGGCGUUUCUCCUCACACCUGUGGUUUUGACUCUUCUGUGACUCUGGUGCGUGUGUCUCAGUGGGGGCCGGGUCAGUACGCAGUCAGCAUCGAGGUUUUCCAGCGCUGCUCGUCCUCUUUCUGGAACCUUCAUGGGAACAAACGGACUGCUCACUGGUCCCCCUUUUCCAGCUUUGGAAGCUGCUCAAAUUUGUACAAGCUGCUCAAGUUCUCUACAAGGAAUAUUCCACGGACAAAAAGUCUGAAAACCCGUGUGUUCCACACUUUCCUCUGAAAUCUGGAAAUACACAAAUGUCUCUGGGCUCUUCCUGUUUACUUUAAUCAGAAUUUUUUGAUUUCUUCUUCUUGUUUGCAUCUACUUUGUAAGGUUCAAUCAAGGAACUAUUUAUUUAUGUGUAUUUUCAGAAAUGCUAACUUUUGCAACUACAUGCAUCACGACACGGAUUAGGCAAUUCUGCUGUUUUAGUGUCACACUGUGCUGUUUAAAUUUGGGCAAUAAGUGAAUCAAGGAUUAGAAUAAAUAAAUCACGUUACAUCUAAAACUUUCUAUAGUUGAACUUUCAUGUUGAAUCAUUUCACAAGUGCUUGAAAUAAUUGUGAAUUCCUAUUCAAAGGCAGCAAUACUGAGAAUGUUGUUUUCCUAUGUGUUAUCGCUAAUUCAACUUUGUGCUAAAUCUUUGAACGUUUGGAUAUCUUUGGGAAGCUUUAAAUAAUAAAAUAAUUUCAAAUUA